UCCCAUUCUCGGCCAAAAUAUUGGCUCCAGAUAAUUUUCAACUACAAAUCAUACACACUCACAAUGGUUUGCGAGAAGUGCGAAAAGAAGCUCGGCAAGGUCAUAACGCCGGACCCCUGGAAAUCCGGCGCUCGAAACACCACCGAAGGCGGCGGUCGCAAGAUCAACGAAAACAAAGCGCUGACCGGUGCAAAGAUGCGAUUCAAUCCGAUGGCCGGGAACUUCGCGCCUUGCCGAAUAUGUAAGCAGAAAAUUCAUCAAGCCGGGUCGCACUACUGCCAGCAGUGUGCUUAUAAGAAAGGAAUCUGCGCCAUGUGUGGUAAAAAACUACUAGACGUAAAAAAUUACCGCCAAUCGUCUGCUUGAUGCGAAUCGGAUUUCGGAAUAGUUUUUACAGUUAAAUAUUAAGGUUCUAG